UCCUCAAACUGGAGAGACUGUUUCAAAAGAAACAACUCAAUCCCAAGUCUUCCCCCUUGGCAGAAGGACCGGAUGAAUGAGACACUCCACAAUUUAGACAAUUCCCGCGCCGCCAUUUUUUCCUCCUGCCCGUAUCAAAGAUGGCGCUCUUGACUUCCUCCUUGGCAGCACGCAGGUCCCGGGACCGGCCACACUUCCGCGGGGCCUGACCGGAGGCGGGCCUGGGAUCCGGAAACACCCGAGCUCCCGCGGGCCCGGCUAGUGUUUCUCGGCAACUAGGUGGGAGGGUCUGAGCUGUCCUCUCGCCGAGUCUCUCAGGGCGGUCCGGCGGCUGCCACAACCUGGGCCGCGGCCCGGUGUCCCGUCGUGGGGCCCGCGGUUGCUCCGGCCAUGCCCACGGCCGCCGCCCCCAUCAUCAGCUCGGUCCAGAAGUUGGUUCUGUACGAGACCAGAGCUAGGUACUUUCUGGUUGGGAGCAAUCAUGCAAAAACGAAGUAUCGUGUCUUGAAAAUUGAUAGAACAGAACCGAAAGAUUUGGUUGUAAUUGAUGAUAGGCAUGUAUAUACUCAACAAGAAGUACGGGAACUUCUCGGCCGCCUGGAUCUUGGAAAUAGAACAAAGAUGGGACAGAAAGGGUCCUCCGGGUUAUUUCAAGCCGUCACAGCAUGUGGUGUUGUAGGUUUUGUCAGGUUUUUAGAGGGUUAUUAUAUUGUGUUAAUAACUAAAAGCAGAAAGAUGGCAGAUAUUGGAGGCCAUGCAAUAUAUAAAAUUGAAGACACAAAUAUGAUCUAUAUACCCAAUGAUUCUGUAAGAAUUACUCAUCCUGAUGAAGCUAGGUAUCUGCGAAUCUUUCAAAAUGUAGACCUGUCUAGCAAUUUUUACUUUAGCUACAGUUAUGAUUUGUCCCACUCACUUCAGUAUAAUCUUACUGUCUUGCGAAUGCCCCUGGAGAUGUUAAAAUCGGAAACGACCCAGACUCGCCAGGAGAGCUUUGACAUCUUUGAAGAUGAAGGAUUAAUCACACAGGGUAAAAGUGGUGUUUUUGGGGUCUGCAGUGAACCGUAUAUGAAGUAUGUGUGGAAUGGCCAACUUCUGGAUACAGUUAAAAACACUGUGCAUCGUGACUGGUUGUUGUACAUUAUUCAUGGGUUCUGUGGACAGUCGAAGCUGUUGAUCUAUGGACGACCAGUGUAUGUCACUCUCAUAGCUAGAAGAUCUAGCAGGUUUGCUGGAACCCGUUUUCUCAAGAGAGGCGCAAACUGUGAGGGUGAUGUUGCCAAUGAAGUAGAGACUGAGCAGAUCCUCUGCGAUGCGUCUGUGCUGUCCUUUACCGCAGGAAGUUACUCUUCUUAUGUGCAAGUUCGAGGCUCGGUCCCCCUGUACUGGUCCCAGGACAUCUCCACCAUGAUGCCCAAACCCCCGAUCACACUGGACCAAGCAGAUCCCUUCGCACACGUGGCUGCUCUGCACUUCGACCAGAUGCUUCAGAGGUUUGGCUCCCCCAUCAUCAUCUUGAAUUUGGUGAAGGAGAGAGAGAAAAGGAAGCACGAGAGAAUUCUGAGUGAAGAGCUCGUUGCUGCUGUGACCUACCUUAAUCAGUUUCUGCCCCCCGAGCACACUAUCGUCUACAUUCCUUGGGAUAUGGCCAAGUACACCAAAAGCAAGCUGUGCAAUGUUCUCGAUCGCCUCAGUGUGAUUGCAGAAAGUGUGGUGAAGAAAACGGGUUUCUUUGUCAACCGCCCUGAUUCUUACUGUAGCAUUUUAAGGCCAGAUGAAAAGUGGAAUGAACUAGGAGGAUGUGUGAUACCCACGGGUCGCCUGCAGACUGGCAUUCUUCGAACCAACUGUGUGGACUGUUUAGAUCGCACCAAUACAGCGCAGUUUAUGGUGGGAAAAUGUGCUCUGGCUUAUCAGCUGUAUUCCCUGGGAUUGAUUGAUAAACCUAAUCUACAGUUUGAUACAGAUGCAGUUAGGUUGUUUGAGGAGCUCUAUGAAGAUCAUGGCGAUACCCUGUCCCUUCAGUACGGUGGUUCUCAACUUGUUCAUCGGGUAAAGACCUAUAGAAAGAUAGCCCCGUGGACCCAGCACUCAAAGGACAUCAUGCAGACUCUGUCCAGAUACUACAGCAAUGCCUUUUCAGAUGCAGAUAGACAAGAUUCCAUUAAUCUCUUCCUGGGCGUUUUCCAUCCCACUGAAGGGAAACCUCAUCUCUGGGAACUCCCGACAGAUUUUUAUCUACAUCACAAAAACACCAUGAAACUUUUACCGACAAGAAGAAGCUAUACUUACUGGUGGACACCGGAGGUAAUAAAGCAUUUACCACUGCCUUAUGAUGAAGUUAUCUGUGCUGCGAACUUAAAGAAGUUGGUAGUGAAGAAGUUUCACAGAUACGAAGAGGAGAUUGAUAUCCACAACGAAUUCUUCCGGCCAUAUGAGUUGAGCAGUUUUGAUGAUACCUUCUGCUUGGCUAUGACAAGUUCUGCGCGUGACGGUAUGCCCAAGACUGUUGGCAUCGAUCCAAGUCCCUUCACUGUGCGGAAACCAGAUGAAACUGGAAAAUCAGUAUUGGGAAACAAAAGCAAUAGGGAGGAAGCCGUGUUGCAGCGGAAAACAGCAGCCAGCGCGCCGCCGCCCCCCAGCGAGGAGGCCGUGUCCAGCAGCUCAGAGGAUGACUCCGGGACCGACCGCGAGGAGGAGGGCUCGGUGUCUCAGCGCUCCACCCCCGUGAAGAUGACCGAUGCGGGAGACGGGGCCAAAGUGACCGAGAAUAUGGUCCAGCCCAUGAAAGAGGUUUAUGGAAUUAACCUCUCAGAUGGCCUUUCAGAAGAAGAUUACUCUAUUUAUUCAAGAUUUGUACAGCUGGGGCAGAGUCAGCAUAAACAAGACAGAAGCAGCCAGCAGCUCUGUUCCAGGUGCUCUGAUGGGGUUAUAAAAUUGACACCCAUCUCGGCUUUCUCACAAGACAACAUCUACGAGGUUCAGCCGCCCAGAGUAGACAGGAAGUCUACCGAGAUCUUCCAGGCCCACAUCCAGGCCAGCCAGGGGAUCAUGCAGCCCCUCGGAAAGGAGGACACUUGCAUGUACCGGGAGUACAUCAGGAAUCGCUACCUGUGAGAGAGUGCGGGGCCACGCGCCCUCAGAGGACCAAGGAGGUCACGCUGGCGUAAGGUACUGUCCUUUCUGUCUCAUCUGCAAGAGGGAAUUUUCCAGAGUCCUUUGCAUCGGAGACUUUUUCCUCCUUCUGUACCUCACAAAUUAUUAAAUACAAUAAAUAACUGAAUACGUUGCUGUCA